AUGAGGUUUGGCGUCGCCUUGAAGGAGGAGGUUGCUUUGUCUGCUCUUACUGCAACAACUAGCGCGUAUUGGGACAUACAGGGGAUACAACAGUGCUGCGUAGAUGUUGCAGAAGGUCGUAGACGGUUCCGUGCGCCCAGUUUGGACAGUUCGACGACGUCCAGUGACGAUGAAAAGAGUCUACUACACAGUGACGUCAAUGGUCAAAAUGCAGCGAUUUUGGCACUAGAAACGCUGCAAUUAACGGACAAUUCACGUCAUGAGCUGUUGAAACAGGUAGAACGUUUGUGUGAACGAAAAGCAGCGCAGUCUGUAGCUGGUAGUGAAGCGUAUCAAGUAUUAUGUGAGACUUUACAGCGGGCUCGAGAGAAAGCAGAAGGUCAAUUACGACGACUGGAUGUGGAUAAAGAAGGGGUAGGAGAAGAGAUGGAUGUAUUGAGGAAGCAACAACAGCUGGAGAGAGAAGCCACGGUCAAGUUACAGCAGAUCCAUAGGAUGGAGAGAUUGGCUAUUGAUAAUGUGGAGAAGAAAUUGUGUGUUUAUCAACAGACACGGGAGGAGGAAGAACGACGAGAAGAAGAGCAGAGAGAGCAAGAAGAAGCACAAGUCCGGCGGGAUCAAGAAGCUUAUGAAAAAAAAUUGCAAGAGGAUAAGAAGAAAGAAGAGGCACAGGAAGCACAGCGGAAGGCGGAACAUGAAUUGGAAGAAGCACAAGCGAAAGCGAAAGCUCAAGCUGCUGAACGUGCAGCGGCGUGGAAAAAGCAAGAAACGGAGCGUGAAAAAGUAGAAGCUGCAAAAAGAGCUGCUGAGAGGGAAGCAGCUACUCAAGUAAAAAAGCAUGUGAAAGAAGGACGUGAGUGCAUUAAACGGUUGGAAGCACUCCAUCGCGAGACUGCUGAGAUUUUAGCUAGUCUUGAUCCAUCGGUGAAGAAGAUCCGUAUGCAGAUCAGGCGCGAGGCUGGAGCUUGCAACCAAAUUGCAGCUGCCCCAUCCGCUAUCAAAAAUGUCGUGAGCAAAAUUCAGCGACUUCUACAGAUGGCAAAGACCUCAGGUAAGACGUACUUUAAAUUCGCGCUCGACAUGGUCGCCUCGAAUCUUUCCAAACAGGUAGAGGGUCGUGCGGAUUACAAAUCCUGUUACCCAAUUGCACACGUGAUCAAGAUGAGUUGUGUGCAAACCCCGGAGCUCACAGACGUCAUCUUGGGUUACUUUCACACGACCUGCGUCUUCACUAUUCCUGACAGUCCAGAGAAGCAUGCGUCACAAUCGAUAGCAGAGUAUAAAAUAUCUGUGGGCUUCCACAAGGCUGUCGGCGACAGUUCUGAUCCUGAUGGCCUUGAGCACGUAACGGAGUACACGAGACGCAUAACGAUGAUUUCUGCUGUACUAGCUGCGGUGCGCCAGACUGCCCCAUGGGACGGCAGCCCGUCCCCGCCAGGUCUUGAUCUUGGUGAUUGCUGGUCAUGGCUCGCUUGGCUGUUGAAUGAACCGCCACACCUCAUGACUGGCGCUCUAACUCUCACGAUAUUGGAAGUAGCUGGCUUCGAGCUUUGGCGGAACUACAAGAAACAAUUUCACAAGCUGUUGGUGCUCAUUGCGCGUGACGUGUGCCCGCGAUUGAGCAAGAACGCAAAGACAGGUGCUGCUAAUGCUGCGGGACAACUAGAGAUGUUUGUCAAUCAAUACCACGCCAACCGCUGCAUGCUGACCGAGCCUGACGGACGAAAGCUUGAGGAGACGAAGAUUUCGGAAGCCGACGAAGAAAGAAGUGAUCGUAAUGACAGUGGUGGGGGCGGCUAUCGUGGUGGCCGCGGGGGUGGUCGCGGUGGUGGUCGUGGUGGGCGGAGACGCUGA